AUGACUCUGUUCGACAAACAUGUCUGCGACCUCUCUCAACUUUAUUACCACUCCAACCCAGACACAAAGGAUGUCUUCGCACCUGCCUAUGCACCCGACAUGCUGUACCAUCUCUUCUGGACGUUCUUGUUCAUCGAUCAAGAAUUUCGCCAUCCCAAGGCGCGUCCCAAAGUCACCUGCGCCUACUUUGUCCGCCUUCUACGGAACGAGGGUGGUGGCUAUCCUCGAAAGUACUUUGACAAAAAGGUCCUCAAAAGUAUCUACAAUGACAUUCGAUCACGGCCACUACUGCCCGCACCUCAUGUGAUUCGCGCACUACAGGACGUGGAAGGACCUCCUCCUAACACGACAGGAGAUAACAUCCCAGCAGGGCACCCAACACCACCCGCUUCAAACAGUAGUAGCACGCGGCCAGCAGCAACUCGCUCACAGCAAUCUUCGUUCAUGAGUUUCGCCAGUUCGCUGCGGUUUGAAGAGUCGAUCAGGAGGAUUCAACAGUGGUGGCGAACUGAAGGUGAUCAAAAUCAGGUUGGCUGGGUAUCUCAUGUCGAUCCUCCCGUCACACUUACAACAGAUGCAGAAUCAGGAACAGAUGGACCCCUGCCCGAAGCUGGAGAUGAGAAUGGUGCAAUAGAGUCGGCUCAACUCUCAGUAACUUCACAACGACCAUCAAACUCGUCUACAUUCCCCCAUGGAUCUCUGUCAACGUUGGACCAAUCUAUUCGGAUGACGUUUGGAAGCAAAUCUGAUAUGGCUCUAGAUCAUAGCAACCAUGGUGGUCAGAAGGAUAGCAAUACCAGUCAGAAAUGGGCGGUGAUGAACCAGGGAUACACGACUGUGAGCAAUGGAUGGCGUGCUGAAGGAGAUGGACUUGACCGCGUUGUGAGGUUCCCUAAACCCACCAACCCGAGCGCACCUGCAGAUCAUGACCGGCUCAUCCGCUGUGCAUCUGUCCUUGAUAUGGAGCUCGUCAUCUAG